AUUUAUAGUAGUAUUAUCUUCGAUUUUAAAAAAAAAAAGACGAAAUAAAAACUCUCUAAAUCCAAUUCGAAACCAAUAAAUCAAACUCUUUCUCGUUUCAUGUUCUUUUUUUCGGUAGUAAUUUCCGACAGCAAGAGAAAAACAAAAUCUUCAAAUGGGCCGAUUUCCGGUGAAGAAGUGUUUCUAGUAAGAGAUCCUAAGGAUGUCUCACAGGAAGGUUGGUCCAAAUUCAAGGCGGAGCAAAGAUUCGAUGGAGGACAAAGAGUUAGCAGCACGAAACGACAACUUUUGUGUGGAGGUAGUGAAAAGAGGAGGUACCCUCCUACACUCUAUUUGGAAGGAAAAUCACCUUUAGAGAGGAGGAGCAUGCACCAUAACUACACUCUUCAUAAUUUUGGAACUUUGAAAGAUAAUAAUGGAGAUGAUAUCUACAAUGAUAUCUGUGAUAAUUCACAAGUUGGAAUGAUAUAAAAGUUAGAUGACAGUGGAUAUGUUUGGCGUGGGCUAUAAGGUUGUGCAUCAUCUAUUAAAUCACUUAACCAUUAUAAUCAGGUUUGAUAAUGCAUGAUUAUACGUAUAGCAGUCAUGGCCAGUCCUAAAGCAUUUUUUACGUCUUUCCAAAAUAUACUAAAAGUAAAUGUAUAAUAUUAGUUAAUCUACAAAACAUGAAAGGAAAAAAAACACUAUAACAAUUAUCUGAACGUGAAACAAAACAAACACUAUAAAACAUGAAAGGAAAAAAAAUU